UCUAUUUAUUAUUUAAUCGAUAUUGUCAGCUGUUUAUUGUUAUGGUUUAUUGAAAGCAAAAUGCAGUUUAGAUCAGUGCAAAAUUUAUUUAAAAAUGUUAACAAUAGUGCAUAUUACUUACACCGGAAUUUUUUCCAAAUUACUAAACGUGAUAAGGGCAAAUGGGAUUUAAUUAACGAUACUGGAAAAGUUUCUGUUGAACGGAGCAUACCCGAGCAUAUUGAGAAACCUCCAUACUACUUCAAACAUAUGGGAGCCGGCAACACAUUAGGAACACCAGAAAUAAAAAAUGCGGAGCAAAUCAAGCAAAUGCGCUCGAGUGGCAAAUUAGCUGCACAAAUUCUUAGGGAAUGCGGCAGAAUGGCCACAAUUGGAACAACUACCGAUGAGAUAGACGAGUUUGCCCACAAGCGUAUUCUUGCCCACAAUGCGUAUCCAUCUCCGUUGCGAUAUGCAGGAUUUCCUAAGUCAGUGUGUACAUCUAUAAAUAAUGUAGCAUGUCAUGGUAUUCCAGAUGAUCGACAGUUGGUCGAUGGCGAUAUUAUCAACAUUGAUGUAACAGUUUAUCUGAAUGGCUGCCAUGGCGAUUGCUCAGAAACGUUUCUUGUGGGAGACGUUGAUGAACGAGGACGAUUCCUUGUGAGUGCCACACGAGAAUGCCUAAUGAAGUGCAUUGCACUCUGUGGACCCGGCGUGGCCUUUAAUGAGAUUGGUAAAUGCAUUGACCUAUUUUGCAGUGAGCAAAAGCUGGAAUCAGUUGCAGCAUUUAUUGGCCAUGGCAUUGGCAACUAUUUUCAUGGCCCGCCCGAGAUCUACCAUUACGCUAAUGAUGUUCCUGGAGAAAUGCAAUCAGGCAUGACAUUUACAAUCGAACCCAUCCUAUCUUUGGGCGGUGGAGAAAUAGGACUUUUAGAAGACGGUUGGACGGCAGUUAGCUUGGACGAUUCUCGCAGUGCCCAAUUUGAGCACACUAUUUUAAUAACAGAAAAUGGUGUCGAUAUACUCACAAGUGCAGACUAGAAAUACAUAUUGUUACAUAAAUUGUUAGAGACAUACAUAAAUGUUCAAUUUUAUUGCAGAGAGUUGAACGAAGCAAAUAAACAUAUAUUUGUGAAUAAAUACUUAUGCCGGCUUGCAGAAAAAUUUUGUUGUUUCCACGUGAAAUAAUUUGCUGAUGCGGAUGUUUGUGUUUGUGAAAUUGCCAGUUGAAAUUGGAGUAAUAUCCGUGCUUAACAUAGUUAGCUGCAUAUAGCAUUUGACUUUUGCACGGGCUUCUGUAUCGGCAGGAAGAGCUUGAACUCGGGCGGCAGUUCGUCCUCCGAAUAGAGCCGAUCAGAGAAAUAAACUCGACGAAUUCGACAGUUUGCAUGAAUCUGCACCCGUAAAGUUUCAACAUAGUUGGUGCCG